UAGGAAUUUGACUUAUCUUCAUCUAAUAUACACUUAUCACCACAAUAGAUAGAUUUUCUCUAUAGAUGUUCAAACGAGUCAGCAUGAACGCAAUCCCUAACCUUUCUCAAAAAGUUGAAGCUUAAUAUCAUCCUGCCAAACCCUAAUAUCAACAUGUGUUCGAAAACAUGGGAUGAGUUACCUCAAGACAUCGUUGAAUCAAUCUCCAAAAACUUUACAAUCUACGCCGACUAUCUCCGAUUCCGAUCUGUAUGUCACAGAUGGAGACUUUCAAUCCCCAAAAUCCCUCUCCAUCUACCAACUCAACUCCCAUGGCUCAUGCUUUCUCACAGUUCCUUUUUCGACCUCUCAACCAACAAAAUACAUCACCUCAAUCUCGCUCCAUAUUCUUCUCCCGCAACUCUUGUCUGCGGUUCUUCUCAUGGCUGGCUUGUCAUUCUCAACGAAGCCUCCGAGCUUCGUCUUCUUAACCCUAUCACACUCUCUACAAUACCUCUUCCUAAACUUCCUGUUACAGUUAGAUGGGAUCAUAACACCACUCGUAGUCCAGCUUGUCUUAUCAAAGUUGUUUUGUCUGCUAGCCCCUCUAGCGACGACGACGACUUUACCGCAUUUGCUAUGCUCGGUGGUAAUAAGUUUGCAUUCUUUAGAAAGGGAAGUGAUUCUUGGUUUGUUCCUGACUGGAAUACAAAGAGCAACUGGGUGGAUGUUGUAUACAGAAACAAUUCCUUUUUCCUUGUGGGUCAAGAUGGAAUGAUGGCAGUUUUUGAUGUUGAUCGUCUUGAAAUCUCGAAUGUUAAGACUAAGAAAAUAUUUAUCAGGAAUGGUCAUCGGUAUCUAGUGUUUUUCAAAGAGGACAUGUUGUUGGUUAGUCGGUUAUUUCUAAACGGAUCUCAGUCGGGUCUUUUUAGUAAGACAUCAAGGUUCAUGAUUUAUAAGAUGAAUUGGAAGUUGGGUAUGUGGGAAGAAAUUGAAACAUUGGGAAAAUACUCUUUGUUUAUAGGGAUGAAAUCUUCCUUUUGUUUUCGUGCUGCUGAUUUUGUUGCGUGUCGUCCAAAUUCUAUCUAUUUCACGGACUAUUAUUGUGGAACAGAUGUUGGUAUCUAUAGUUUAGAUGAAGAGAGUAUUGAAAUGUUUCCUGGUUAUCAACUAAGUCCAUAUGGUUAUUUACAUUAUUCAGUUUGGGUUGAGCCACGUCCGUAAUGAGCUAAGUUGAGAAUCUCAAUUGAAGAAAUUCAAAUGUAGUAGGUUCUAUAAUCUAUAUUAUAUGUAUUAUUAUUAAGCGUCUUAGGUUGCAGCAUAGCAAGAUUUAUGUGACUAGUUAAAUACAUGGUGGUGACCUGUUAGUGAAUGAUGAAUGUUGAUGGAGAUGAGGCAUAUAAUGGAGACAAUCUCAUUUCUUUAUAUGUUAUGUCAAUGUCCUAUCUUGCUCUUGAAGUUAUUUUGGGACUUCCAUAUGACAUGAAGAUUGAUAUCUGGUCACUUGGCUGCAUCUUGGCAGAGCUUUGUAAUGGCAAUGUAAGAAUAGUAGAUAAUUACUGAAUUUCAAUUCAAUGUCACUCACUGUUGCUAAAUCAUAGGCUUGCUACUCAUUUUCUAGUUUCAUGCCUCUUAAUUUUAGAGCUAUUAACUUGUAAAUUUAGAUUGAGUUUGUGACAUGUGAGUUUCAUAACUAUGUAAUGCUUAAUUGCACUUUUGUAAUUUAAAGUAGAAUCCUUCAAUCAGGGUCAUGAUCCUCCAAUUUGAUAACUUAAAUUGGAAUUGUUUUCAUGCAUGACUUUUUAAUUACUCACUGUCUACUCCUUUCUAUUUAUAGAUUAGUCUCCAAUUCAUCAUAAAAUUGGUAAACAAUGGUGAUUAUAGUGAUAUUUGAUGUGGUUAAAUUACUUAUCAGAAUUGGAUGAAGUUCUGGUCGGUAAUAGUUGAAGUGGUAGUUGACAAUAAUAGUAGUUGAUAUUGGUUAGCUUGAAGAUUAUAAGUAGUUAAAGUGAUGGUUUAGAGGUGAACUUGAAAUAUUUUAUCAGACUAAGAAUGAUAUAGAACCAUAAAAUAUCUAUCAGUAUUCGUUAAAAUUGUUGUUGGGUAUGUUGCACCAGAGUUGGCUCAAAGCUUUAAGCAGAAUAAGAGGUCUGAUGUUUACUGUUUCAUCUUCAUUCUCUUGGAGCUAUUUAUAUGGAGAAAUUAUGUAUAAAGUCCAAGCACAAAUGAAGUUGUGGUUUUGUGUGAAUAUGUGAAAGUUUUGUUGGAGACUGACUCAGUUUCAAAUUCCUUUAACGAGAACUUAUUGCAAUUUGGAAAGAAUGAGUUGAUUAAGGUUAUGAGAUUGAGUCUAAUUUGUACUUUAAAGUAUCUUUAAGAAGGCCAAGCAUAGUUGUUGUUGUUCAUGUUCUUGUUUAGGUUUCAAUAUUGUCUUUAUUUGUUUAAGAUUAUAAAUGACCAAUUUUUUAGCAAACAAACUUGCUUCAGUUCAAGUAUGGCACAUAAACAAUUGAUUGAUGUCAGCUUGACAAAAAGUUUUUGCUUUGUGGAGUGAUGUCGAGUCCUACAACCCGUGUUUGCAAUGUUUAACGAUGUUUUGAAUUGGGUUCUACAUUUUUGCUUUUUUAUUUAACUUCUCUAUCCAUCACAAAAAUUUGUAUCUAUUUCACCGACUAUCUUCUUGGGAAAGAAUUUGGUAUUUAUAGUUUAUCGGAUGAGAGUGUUGAACCGUUGUCUGAUUGUCCAGAAAGUUCAUAUGGUCGAACGGUUUGGUUUGAGCCAAGUCUCAAUUGAAGAAACUCAAAUGUAGUUUCUAUGAUUGGUCUGCCCCGUGAGCAUGCUUAUGCCCUGAGGGUUGGUGGUAUACUUAUCAGAUUGCUGCUGUCUUGAUUAUGCGUAUUGUUGUGUGCUUUUGGGGCAAUACUAAAAUUUUGAGGUUCUUAGUCUGAUAGAGUUGUAUGGAAUUGUGUAGUUCUGUUUCUGGUGGGUUGCUCAUGUGUUAAGCUGUGUUUUGUAAUUUUAUUGUGGUUGAGGUUGUGUUGCAUAUCUGCCACACACUGAUGUUGGACUGCGAUGGUGUCAUCUCUCAUAUCAAUUUUUAAGUUUAAAAGUUAACACCUCCAAUUUCUAUUGUGAUUAUUUAUAUUGAGGAAUGUUUGAUAUUGUGCUGAAA